AUGUUAUCUGGCAGGGCAAUAGUUUGUCCCAAAAACGAAACAAUACAACACAUAAAUGAUAUUGUUAUGCGUAAAAUUCCUGGGGUUUCAAAGAUUUACGAGAGUGCUGACAGCAUUGAAUUUAACGGGAAGCAGACUACAGAGUUUAAUACAUUUUAUCCGUUGGAAUAUCUUAAUGGACUUACAUUUCCAAGCAUACCUGCACAUUCACUUUUAUUAAAAAUUAACACACCUAUAAUGCUAAUUCGAAAUAUAAAUCAGAAAGAAGGUUUGUGUAAUGGUACACGAUUAAUGGUCUCACAGUUGUUAUCAAAUGUGAUUGAGGCAUCAAUUAUUACUGGAACCAGCAUUGGGAAGAAGGUUUUUCUGCCUCGUAUUAGAUUUAUUCAUAAAGCUCCUGAUAUACCUUUUACAUUCAUAAGAAAGCAAUUUCCUGUUAAAGUUUGUUAUGGUAUGACUAUUAACAAAAGUCAAGUUUUAACCAUGUCCCAAACAGUAACAACAGUUUCCAAUCUACAUUAUGGAUGUCCAGGAACAACAAUACAGCUUCGAAUAUUGCGAAUGUGGACUCCACAAGUAAGGACUCAGGAAACAUGGUUCUUAGCUGUUGAUAGAAAUGGUGAUGCUGUUCAAAUUUUGGGUCAGCGAAAAGACCAAGGAUAUUUACAAUCUGUCCUAAUUCCCAGUAAAUGCUAUACGAUUGAAAAAUAUGCAUGCGGAAUUCCAGACCGAUAUCAGAAAUGGCUGGAUAAUGAGGUCUACAUAGCUGCUGGAAUGGCAUCAUCAAUUACAUCUAUCCAAGACACACAUACAAUUCCUGCAUGCUGGUUUACUUUCAUAACUAAAAAACAAAUCGCAGAUUACGUGGAUCGACAUGCAGAUUUUAUUGGUGUCUUCAGCAAACUUAUUAGGUGUACGAAGAAAAACAAAGAACCAUAUCUAUUACUAAUAUUAAAGAAUGAAUUAGGCGAGGAUAUUGCAAUAAGCUUAUGGAAAGAAUGCACGAACAUACCUUCAAAGUUUGAUGCUGUUGGUUUGGAAAAUACUGUUGCUCCCGUUGUUGUUGCGAUAACUAGUAUAAAGAUUUCAACCUAUGAUGGUUCCCUAAGACUUGGAACAAGCAGUGCAAGUCACCUAUACAUCAAUCCACCAAUUCCAGAAACACCGCUUCUAACGGACAGUUUCCGUACGUUUAGUGACUCCUCUAUAUUUUUCGACAUCCCAACACCAUUAGGAGACAUAUUACAAAGAGGUCAUCCUGAACUCCUGAACAAAAGUUUCACUACAAAAGCUGUCAUAACUGCGUUCAAGCUUAGUGCAACACUUACAGACGAAAAUAAUUCUAUAGUUGCUCUGCUCUCCGAUAACGCAACACAAGACUUAUUCGGUUCUACAGCUGAUAAACUUAUACCAGACGAUGACAUAAACUGUAGAGGACAACUACCUGCAAUUGCCACUACUGUACAAGGAAUAGCCAAAAAAAUGAAACUUCGUAUCACAAACACAUCGACAGAUACGAACAUUCGCUUUAUGAUUACAGAUAUCGAAAAAAGUAACCCACAGGAAACAGCAUACCCAACAACACCAGCACCACAUCAUCGAUCUCCAUCAAAAGACAGCGAGAAAGACUGUUCUUCAGUUCCUCAACACAGUAGAGCAAACGUCAGAAGGUCAUUACCAUUUGAAAGCCAAGACACAUCAAAUACAAAGCGUAAAAGUGCACGCAAGAUAGAAUGAUCCAUCUCCCCUCCGACGUUGAUAAUGAUGACAUUAUCAGUUUUGCAUAAUAUGUAUAAACUAAAGUCCAG